ACCACGAUAGGAAAACGAGAGGUCACGGUACAAGUAGAAGAGCACGUUCUAUGACGACAUUUUCGAACGACUUGGCAUCCUACCAGUUCCAGUCCAAAUUUAACGGCGCCGCCUACGGGAUUCAACCUCGUAGCCCAGAACAGCCCUUUUGCUCAACCGUGUGGACGUACUUCCCGAACGUUUCAUCAACGGAUAGGAGUCAAGAUGCGUCUCAUCAUCCUUACCCUGUUGCUUCUCUGUCCUGUGGGGUUCGGAGCCGAUGACGGAGGAUUUUCGUUGACAGACCUCUGGAAAUUCCUUACCUGCUUCAGGAAACUGAGCGAUGUGAACGGCGUCUGCUCCCAGAAGAUGCAGGAAUACAACCAAACCUCGGAGAAGUUUGUCAACACCCACGAUCCAACACGGGACAAGAAAGGGGUUUGCUGCCAGCUCUCCAACUUGAUGGACUGUUACACGGCAAACAUACGUCAGAACUGCGGAGACGACGCAUCCAAGUAUGUGAUCCACUAUGUGGAGUCUAUUACACGAGCCAAAGUCAGGGAGGCAUGUUUGGAGUUCGAUGGGAAGGUCUGUCGAAGUGGAGCCACAUCGACGUCCUCAUUAAGUCUCUUCUUACUCAUUGUAUCAGUUCUCUUCGUCAUUAUGUAACAGUUGAGCCCUGCAAAAAAGAUGAAAGAAAGAAAUAUGCCUUUUGUUGUUC